AUGCAUUUGUUUUAUAACAGAGAUGGCGGAGUGAUUGCGGGGGCGAUUGUUGGGGCUAUCUUUGUUACUGUAGUGAUUGUAGUAGUGGUCAUUAUAGUAUGUAAGAAACAAGCGGCGACUCGAGGCCGUGUGAUUAACACCACGCCAAGCACCACAGUCACCACCGUGCAACAACCGCCACCACCGCCAGCAGGCGGAUAUGGAUACGGUGGUCCGGGAAUGUCGCAGCCACCCAACCCUAAUGCUGGGUACCCACCUCCCCCAAAUAACUAUCCACCCCCUCCAGGCCCCGGGGCUGGCUACCCACCUCCGGCCUACCCUCCGACUAAAUACUAG